AUGGGGGAUGUCAGCCCCUUUCAGGUGAAGUUGAGAGACUGGGUUACUCAGGUCUACAGCCUUCGGCAUGGAGCACCGGAGGCGCUUCCUUGGCCAAUUGAGGGUGGUGGGAGCAUCUUGUCUGUGUGCCAGCGAUGCUGGAAGGACCAAGCAGGCCUCGUGGCAGGCUUUUGUGACUUGGUUCAAAAGGUUGGCAUCGCAUCAGAGUCUAUGACGCCUGAUGUCUUUGAGGAAAAGUUCAUGACCAGUCAGGAGUUUCCUCCCAAAGAGGGAUCAAUGUUGGCGACUUGCAUUCUUCAGUGGAGCCUUGAUGACUGCAGCUUCUGGCGUUCCCCUUCAAUGGCUUCUGUCGUUGACAUCUCCAAAAGCAUUGCUCUAGCGGGCUGGAAGGAGGGUGAGAUGAUCGGACUCCGUCUACCUCCCGGAGUGGACCUGAAGAAUGUUGACUCUGAGUAUGGCCUCUACAUGUUUGACGACGGCGGCCAGAAGGCGUUGGCUGCUGCGCUGGUGUUGCUGGGAUGCUUGCACCUUGCCGGGACAGAGCCCAUUGAGAGUCUCCGCCAUCCCCAUGUCACUGGGCUGGUGAAGGGGCUGCUCCAAAUCCCAACAUUGCACAAGAGUCAGGCUUCUGAUGAAGUCAGCCAGAUGCUUCAGAGGAUAGUCAAGCAGAACGUAGAUGCCAAGAAACUCCCCGUCAGCAGCUUUGAAUGGUGUGGAAUUUUGGAGAGAUUGGGAGAGGAAAGCAUCGGCUCCAUCUCUGAAGCAGUGCAAAAAUACAAUGCGAUCCCUGAAAUUUGCGCACACGGCUCCAACACUGAGUCUUGUAUGAAACAUGAAGCCAAUGACCGGAGUGCCAGUGGCAGCCUCAUGAUUGAUUCAAAGAAAUGCUAUGCCAUUGGUCAUUGGAUGCACAAGUGCUGCAAGGAGGCAAAGGCCAUAGUCAUGGACGCCAUGCAGGAUGCCCCAUUCCAGUAUGGACCUUUUGGAGAGGGUCUAGCCCAAAUGCCACAGCUAUUCAUUGGGAGUAAGGCUGACGGCAUGCGGUCUUCUCCUGAAAGUGGCCUGUUUCCUUUGGCCAACGAAGAGACCCUGCGUAUUGAUUGGGACCUCACUUUGGAGUCUCAUGGACAGGCCAUGCUGUUUGAGCGAAUCAAACGGGCAUUUGAGAUGAAUACAGCAAUAGUGGCAGAGGUUCGGGACAAAAGAAAAUACAGAAUGUCACUCGAGGAUUUGACAUCUGUCAGAAAUCUCUGUGCACUUUGGCAGCAAAUCAGAGCAUUCUGCAUGACCCGGAUCCCAGACGAGUUUACAAAGCUUGAUGAGAGACUUCGGAGCGGCAGUUCCAUGGACGAGCAACUCCAGCCUUUGUUCCAAGAAUGCCCCAGUGUCUUUAGCAUCUCAAUGCUCCCACUGACUCAAAAGGCCGCACUGACUGAGCUGAAGCUGAAAGAGGAGUCUGUCACAGUUGAGGUCGAGCGACAACGACUGGAGCUCCGAGCUGCCAAAUGGAAAUGGUUCCAGGGAGCACUUGCAAGAGAUCAGUCCCAGAUGGCAUUGAUAUCUCAAGCACCUGAGAAGAUUCAAGCACUCAAGCACAGGAAGGUAAUGUCAUGGAGGCUUGAACAGGCAAAGGUUGGAGAACGUGUGGUCCUUGCGUAUGCAGACAAGUUCCUUCGGUGCAGGCAAGUGGAGAAGUUGCAGCACCUUCACGAGGCAGAAUCUGCCGGGAUCAAGCAAACAGACUUGUGCAUGGUGAGCUUCUGCGACUUAAACGUGCCGCUGGCCAACUCGAAAGAGCGCAUGGGCGAGCUGAUGCAGGCCAUUGCUUGCAUCAACGAUAUCCAGCCUUCCAAGAACAUUGGGAUCGUGGAGUGCGCAGAGCAUCCUCGCAAGAGCUCACGUCGGGGGCACGCCGACGAGGAAAAAGAGCUGCAAGAGGAACUAUGGGCAUUGAGGCAGCAGUGCGACACGCGAUGGAUAUUACCAUUUGAAGUACCUGCAUCGGCAGAGGCACACAGUUCACGCAGGAGGUGGAGUUUUGGCCGCUUGGUGACCAACAAGGAAGCGGAAGAGACCAAUCAGUUCAUGGUUGCCUCAGAACUGGCAUUAGCCGGACGACCGCUCACUGACAAGAAGAUCGUGAUUCCUCUGUCCAAGGACCUUCUCCUUCCAGAAUCACUGGAGGCUGACGAGGACCUGAAACAAGCAGACAGACAGAGGCCUAGCGCCGAGGCCAUCGCGGCGCAGAAAGGAUCCGACAGGUACCUUGCGCUCUUUCGGAGCCUGUUCAGCCUUUCAGGAGAUGGGCUCGCCAAGCAGGCAGUAAUCCUGAUCAACUUGACCGGCUACGUCGAGGAGCUUGGCGCUGCGGCUUUUCGCCAGAAUUUGGCACUCUGUAGUAAAGCUAUACCAUUAUGUUUGCAGUGGAUCUGUCAUGGGCUCCUUAUCAGAUGA